AUGGCAGGGGCUGAGCUCUCUGUCCCCCCUGAGCAGUUCACCCAAAUCAAAGAACCAGAGUUGAUACCAGACAGGGCCCUGGAGGAGGAGGAGGAAGAGGAAACUGACAAUGAUGGGGUGUGCGGAGUAAAGGAACAGUCGGGCUCUGCGGGUUUGGAGGUGGAGAGUGCUCAGGGGCCCCUCCAGACCACGAUCCUGGAGGAGGUGCCAGAGCUGGUGCUGGCUGCCCCGGAGGAGAGCGAGAGGCACAUCCUGACCCUGCGGACUGUGCACUUCCCCUCGGAAGAGGCUGAACUGCAGGACCUGCGCUGGCUGGGUCCCCAGCAGGAGGACGAGAUGCAGGAGGAGGUCUACUCGCUGCAGGAGAUGGAGGUGAUGCAAUUUCAGCUUCUGGAGGAGAAUGUGACCAGGGCCGGUGAAGACUGCAAGUCUGCAAUGAACCUGGAAGAAAGCACUGGAUCCGUAAAGCUCCAGAAAGGUCAGGAAGAGGAACAGCUGCUGGCUGAAGGUGGAUUCAGUGAAAAAGCAGAAGAGCAGUUUUUCCUUGUGGAAGCAAGGCCAGGAGAUGAAGGAAGAGAUGAAAUUAUUCUGACAUUUUCAAACUUAAAUAUGGAAGAACAAAAAGAGAAACCUCAACCGGGUCAAGCACACCUUGAAAAACCCAGCACUACGAAAAAUCAAAAAAAGGCAAAGGAAGUAAAACGAACCUUCCACUGCAACUUCUGCAAGUUCACCUCUUCUAGAGUUUCGAGUCUCAAUCGUCAUGUGAAAAUUCACAGCACUGAAAAGCCCCACGUGUGUCACCUUUGCCUGAAAGCUUUCCGUACAGUCACCCUCCUUCGGAAUCAUGUCAACACCCAUACAGGAACCAGGCCCCACAAGUGUGCUGAUUGUGACAUGGCAUUUGUCACCAGUGGAGAACUCGUCCGGCAUAGACGUUAUAAACACACUCACGAGAAACCCUUUAAAUGCUCCGUGUGCAAGUACGCUAGUGUAGAAGCGAGCAAGUUGAAGCGCCACAUCCGCUCGCACACGGGUGAGCGCCCGUUUCAGUGCUCCCUCUGCAGCUAUGCCAGCAAAGACACCUACAAGCUGAAGCGGCACAUGAGAACACAUUCAGGGGAGAAGCCCUACGAAUGCCACAUCUGCCAUGCCCGCUUCACCCAGAGUGGGACCAUGAAGAUGCACGUCCUGCAGAAGCACAGCGAGAAUGUCCCCAAGUACCAGUGCCCACACUGCGCCACCAUCAUCGCCAGGAAGAGCGACCUGCGUGUCCAUUUGCGCAACCUGCACACGUACGAAACUGCAGAGAUGAAAUGCCGUUACUGCCCUGCUGUGUUCCACGAUCGCUACACCCUUAUCCAGCACCAGAAGACUCACAAAAAUGAGAAGAGAUUCAAGUGUGAAUACUGCAACUACGCUUGCAAGCAGGAACGCCAUAUGACAGUUCACAUACGUACCCAUACCGGAGAGAAGCCAUUUGUCUGUCUCGCCUGCAAUAAAUGUUUCCGACAGCAGCAGCUUCUAAAUGUGCACUUCAAGAAAUACCACGAUACCAAUUUCGUCCCGACUGUUUACGAAUGCCCCAAGUGUGGCAAAGGUUUUUCCCGCUGGAGCAACAUGCAGAGACACUCGGAAAAAUGUAACCCUGGGCAGGAAAAGCCGACCACCGUGGAAAAAGAAAGAGCAGUGAAGAGGAAGCCCGCCAGCCCAAGAGAGCCAGCCAAGGAAGACGAAGCUACAGCCGAGGAGGUAUCCCUCGUGAAUGGAGAGCUGUACCCAGGAGAGAUGGUGCCCAUUGACUUCUUAGAAGCUAAGACCGAAAGUGAGGACCUGGAGGAGGACCUGACCUGCGACAUGAUCCUGGCCUUGAUGGAUAAGUGA